AUGUUUGCAUUGCUCAUGCUGGAGUUCUGGAAACAAGUGAACGGGGACCUGGGAAUGUACGACUACCAAGUGUACAUGGUCAUAGACCCGACCUUCCUGUUGGCAGCUGAGGACGACAGGGGAGAGGUUCUAGGUUUUGGCGGCGUCAGCAAAAAUAGCCCUGACACCGUUUAUCUGGGCAAUUUCAUCGUGCGGGAUGACGUGCGUGGCCGGGGGAUAGGGCGCCAGAUUUGGCGGGCCAUGAUUGAUAAGGCCGGGGACAUGAACAUCGCCCUAGACAGCGAGCCCUACAUGGUGGACUACUAUGGAAAGAAUGGGUUCAUGUUCAAGACCUUUAAGGUUGCGUUUUACAAUGUUGAGAUGCUUGAAACCAUGAAAGGUAAUGCUUCAACAAAGUACAAAAUUAAGACGCUAACAGAAGAUAUGUGGCCGCUAGUUAUGGCGUACGACCGUCAAGUGUAUCCGUCACUUGAUAGAGAGAGGAUUCUAAGGGCGUGGUUUGGAGUUGGCGACGUUCGUGGGGUGGUAGCUAUUGAUCAAGGUACAAUCGUGGGCUACGGGUGUAUUCAUAAGAAGGAAGGCAAGCAGUAUGGGUUGAGAAAUGUAUUCGCAGACAGCGAGGAGGUUCUAGAAGCCAUGCUCAGGGACAUGUUUGCGGUAGUGCCAGUUGGUUAUGUUGUUCGAUUUAUGAAGGUGGAUGGAAAACCUAUGCCAAAGUUUAUCCAACACAGCGUCGACGCAGACGACUCGGCACUUAGAAUGUUUAACAAGUUCAAGAUAGAAACCAACGAAGAAAAAAUGUGGUUUGCAUCGGCUCAUAUCCUAUGAAGACUGUUUAGUGAACAAUAUUUCGUAUACAUCUUAAUUGUUUAUUUUGGUUAUAAAUGUUGACUUCGCCAUGAAAAGGGUUGUGUGAUGAAAGCUCUUUUUAGUAUCAUACAUUAUUAAGACAAGUUUGUAAUGAUAACGCAGUGUUAUAUGCAUCUUUCCAAAUGUUUUCAAGCUAUUUGGUACUACAUGUUUUUAAAAUAUAUUUGAAAUAUUU